CAAAUUCACAUGCAUCUAAGUAUCUGUUUGCUUGUUGGAUACAUUACAUUUCUUGCUGGGGUGGAACGACCCAGAGCUUAUUCAGCAUGCAACGCUGUUGGGUUUAUUCUCCAGUUCUCAUUCCUGAGCGCGUGGGGAUGGAUGUUAAUCGAGUUUUUCACCAUGUACAAAAAACUGAUUGUUGUAUUCACCGAAAUCGGAAGUAAAUAUCUCUUGAAAUGCUCGGUUUUUGUAUAUUCGAUAUCGUUGUUCAUUACCGGCGCCACACUUAUUGUUGCGUAUACAACUGGAGAUUCCGUACAAUACACUAAUUGGAGCAGAGCACCUACAGCUGAUCCUCUAUGCACUGUCUCACAUUACGUAAGCGAUCGACUCUGCUGGCUUCAUUCGUAUUCACUAUACUUUGGAUUUCUACUUCCAAUUGGAAUUAUUUUCUGUAUCAAUGUGUUUGGAUUUUUUGCUGUUUUGAGAGUGAUUACUCGUUCCCCACCUGAUCUUGGACAAAAAGUCACAAAAACACAACUGAAAGACCACAUAUUAAGCAUUGCCAUGGUAACGGUUCUACUCGGAGUGACAUGGGCUUUCGCAAUACCAUUAACAAUAACGGAUGAUAAGACUGUGAAUCUGGUGUUUGGAUCGCUGUUUUCAAUAUUCAAUGCAUUUCAGGGUCUUUUUAUAUUUAUUUUUUUUUGCGUGAGACGGAAAGACGUUCGUGAGAAAUGGGUCGGAGCCAUUCGGAAUAAAAUGCCAUUCUUGAAGAAUCGAGGUUUACUAAAGGAAGAGGAUCAAGCUCGAACAGGACAAAACGGCAACUCACCAACACUCGGAAGGGACAACAUAGCAUUUCAAAGCAAGACAGUGAGUUCCAAUGCUCCAAGAGACUCAAAAGUUGGAAAGAUCGACAUGAGAGUCACACCUGUAUAAUUUCUCUGUUCUUUCUCAGAGCCAUGGACAAGCUUUGUUUUGAUUUCGUUUAUUAAGCAUGAGAUUUAUUAAGUGGUAGGAUUCAAAAGUCUAAUAACGUGUUCUUAUUUCUAUAGACUAAACAACAGAAAUUUCAUUUCAGAGAAUGCAUAUGUAUCUCACUACGUAAAGCCGCAUCCCACCACUGGAUAUAUACCCAUCGUUUUGCAGCCAAUCAGUUGUUAUGUAACUACAAAACUACACCAAAUUGGCCCAAUUUUUUUGAAACUUAUGAAAAACAGAAUUAUUUAUUCCCGCAAUAGCAAUUUCUCGGAAUCCAAUUUCAAAUUUUAAUAGCCUUCCGGUGCCAUCCCAUGUAAAAAUAAAUCUCCUUUCCGGUAAAAUUCUAAUAACGUAAACUUGAAACAUCCUGGUAAAAACUAAUUAUCCACUUGAAAACAACUUUUUGAAUCUCAUAAUUGGGGUCAGUACGUGACCAGGAACACGAUGAUUUGACAAUAACAAGUUAAUUGCUAGUAGUAAGUUUUAAAAAACAAUUUUAAUCAUGUUUGAUUAUAGAAAACCGAAAGUUACCCAGAAACCGGAGUGACGCAUUAUUAUUCCAUUGUUAAUGAAAAAAUCUGUUUAUUGAUUAUAUUCUAAUUGCUCCAUAGAAACCUAUAUAUUCUGCUAUAUUUUA